ACUCCGAUCAGCUGACCCAAUAAUUUGCCCUAUACCAGGAGGCUGUUGUCUUCCAGCCUCCGCCCUAUCUUCUUCCCCAACUUGGACCCAACCCCGAGAAACUCUUUGCAGGAGAGGAAAGGAGAUCGUGAUCGUUGAGGCCAAGAUCUUGAAGAGAUUACUGGUUCAUAAGUUAAAGAAGAAGUAAAGAUGUCUCCUGCGGAGUAUUCUCGUGAGGAUAAUGUUUAUCUGGCCAAGCUUGCAGAGCAAGCUGAGCGAUAUGAGGAAAUGGUUGAGUUCAUGGAGAAGGUGGCCAAGACUGGAAGUGUGAAUGAGCUGUCUGUGGAGGAGCGCAACCUCCUCUCGGUGGCCUAUAAAAAUGUGAUAGGCGCUAGAAGGGCCUCGUGGAGGAUAAUAUCUUCCAUUGAGCAGAAAGAAGAGAGCCGCGGCAAUGAGGAUCGUGUGGCGAUUAUCAAGGAAUAUCGUAGCAAGAUUGAGGAGGAGCUCAGCAAAAUCUGUGAUGGGAUCUUGAAGCUGCUAGAUUCUCAUCUGAUUCCCUCUGCUACGGCUGCUGAAUCAAAGGUUUUUUACCAAAAGAUGAAGGGUGAUUACCACAGGUACCUUGCUGAGUUUAAAACUGGAGCAGAGAGGAAGGAGGCUGCUGAGAGCACACUAUUGGCUUACAAAUCUGCUCAGGAUAUCGCAUUGGCAGAACUGGCCCCAACUCAUCCAAUUAGGCUGGGUUUAGCGCUGAAUUUCUCAGUUUUCUAUUAUGAAAUCCUCAACUCUCCAGAUCGUGCAUGUAAUCUUGCAAAACAGGCCUUUGAUGAGGCUAUCUCGGAGUUGGACACUCUUGGUGAAGAGUCCUACAAGGAUAGUACUUUGAUCAUGCAACUUCUCCGAGACAACUUGACUCUUUGGACCUCUGACUUAACGGAGGAUGGUGGGGAUGAGAUGAAAGAAUCCUCAAAACCAGAAUCAUGAGGAGCUGGUCCUCGUUUCAAAUAGAUACUAUUACUCCUCAAGACAUUGUUGUGUAGGUGAACAUCUUAUUUUCACCUAUUAAAGUUUAGUCAAGUAUUUAGUGAUUGAUGGUGAUGAUUUCUACCAUUUCUAAUUGGAUACUGUGCUUGCUGUGUGCAUCAAAAUGCUCUUUAGGGCUUCUGGCCAACUAUUCUUGCUGAAAAAAAAUGUUUAAUAGAUGUUAGCUACUACUGGUACAAAUCGUAUUAUUUCUCCCAGCUAUCUAAAUAUGGUGUCUCUUUAUAUUCA